AGUUUCUCUUCGAACGCGCAGCCGAGUGGUCGUGUUGUUGCUCCGUGUGGUGCGGCUCUCUGAAAACGAUAAAUAAGAAACCAGCUGGCUGUGUGUAUGGCUAGGGGCGAUACAAUUUGUAUUUAUUGGCUUUAACUUUACUCUGGCAUCGACGCGCGGCCUGAACAAGUUCUUGCGAUCGCCAAUCACUAAAUAAAUGAUACCCAAAGGCGACGCACAACUUGCGGUUUUUGUAUUGUGUUCUGUUCCAUUCGCCGUGUCUUUCGCGUCUGUUUUGUGUUCUCCUCGUGCUUUUUGGAUUUCGGCGAAAUUCCAUUAAGAUUCCGGCCCCUCACUAUAUUUUAUUCAAUUAGCACAAAUAUUUAUUGAUUUUAAUAACAUAAAUAUUUGAAGAACUCUUCAGUUUUUCUGUUGACUUCUUUUUUUGGCAAAGUCAGCUGAAAAUAGUCAUAAGGCAAAAAGCACAACACAUAUAAAAUCACAUUUUAAAUUCGAAACGAUUGUCAACCGCGCAAACAAACAAAAGCAUAACAAACAUAAAAACCAAAAAAAGUCCCAGUGAAUUCUUCUCCGUUUACGUUUUUGUGUGCGUGUGUGUGUGUUGCUAAUUCGACUUCAUCCUCUGCAACGUGAUCGUCGUCAACUGCUACGUUCGUUACCUGAAUUCGCCCUUUGCAGCCGGCCUUACGUUAUUCGGCAAUUCUCGCUCUUCUCAUUCGCAACCAAACGCCGCUCUCUACCCGACAACCUCUCGGACUCUCUCUCUCGCUCUCUGUACGAUUUCUGUGAGCAAAACAAAAACGCACAAAAAUGGCAAUGCAAAGGGAGGCGGGUGUGCAGGACUUUGUCCUGUUGGACCAGGUCAAUAUGGAAAAGUUCAUGGACAACUUGCGCAAGCGCUUUCAGGUUGGCUCCAUCUACACAUACAUUGGCGAGGUGUGCGUAUCGAUGAAUCCCUACAGACAGAUGAAUAUCUACGGCCCGGAGACAAUACGCAAGUACAAGGGUCGCGAGCUCUUCGAGAAUGUGCCGCAUGUGUUUGCGAUCGCUGAUGCCGCAUACAGGGUGCUCAAGCAGCGUCGCCAGGACACAUGCAUCCUCAUUUCGGGUGAAUCGGGUGCCGGCAAAACCGAGGCAUCCAAAAUCAUAAUGAAAUAUAUUGCGGCGGUGACCAAUACUCAGGGACAAAAUGAAAUCGAAAGAGUUAAGAACGUGCUAAUACAGAGCAAUGCGAUAUUGGAGACAUUCGGCAAUGCGAAGACGAAUCGCAACGAUAACUCCAGUCGCUUUGGCAAGUACAUGGACAUCGAGUUCGACUACAAGGCGGAUCCAGUGGGUGGCAUUAUAACCAACUAUCUGCUGGAGAAGUCGCGUGUGGUGCAGCAACAACCAGGCGAACGCAAUUUCCACAGUUUCUAUCAGCUGCUGCGUGGCGCCAAUGACAAUGAAUUGCGGCAAUAUGAUCUGCAUAAGGAGACGGCCAAAUAUCACUAUUUGAACCAAGGUAGCAUGGAUAUACUCACCGAGAAGUCCGACUACAAGAGCACCUGCAAUGCCUUUAAAACAUUGGGCUUCCAGGCGGAUGAGGUGCAAACCAUUUGGCGUACAAUUGCAUCCGUUUUGCAUUUGGGCAAUGUGGAGUUUCAAACCAUCGAGGAUGAGUUGGUCAUAACCAACAAAUCGAACUUGCAGUCUGUUGCAAAGCUGCUGCAGGUCACCGAAUCAGAGCUGUCGGCGGCGUUGACAAAACGCACCAUUGCCGCUGGUGGCAAUGUCAUGAAGAAGGAUCACGAUGCCACACAGGCCGAGUAUGGCAAGGAUGCGCUGGCCAAGGCCAUCUAUGAUCGCCUCUUCACCUGGAUUAUAUCGCGCAUCAAUCGUGCUAUUCUCUUCCGUGGCAGCAAAAGCCAAGCGAGAUUCAAUACGGUCAUUGGCGUACUGGAUAUCUAUGGUUUCGAGAUCUUCGAUUCAAAUAGCUUUGAGCAGUUCUGCAUCAACUACUGCAAUGAAAAGCUGCAGCAGUUGUUCAUUGAACUGGUGCUCAAGCAGGAGCAGGAGGAAUACCAACGCGAGGGCAUUGAGUGGACCAACAUUGAUUAUUUCAACAAUAAGAUCAUUUGCGAUUUGGUGGAGCAGCCGCACAAGGGCAUCAUUGCUAUCAUGGACGAGGCGUGCCUGAGCGUGGGCAAUGUCACCGAUGACACCUUGCUCGGUGCCAUGGACAAGAACUUGAGCAAGCAUCCCCACUACACCAGUCGCCAGCUGAAGCCGACGGACAAGGAACUGAAGCAUCGCGAGGAUUUCCGUAUCACGCACUAUGCUGGCGAUGUUAUCUACAACAUCAAUGGUUUCAUUGAGAAGAACAGGGAUACACUGUUCCAGGACUUCAAACGUCUGCUGCACAACUCCAAGGAUGCCAAUCUGAGCGAGAUGUGGCCCGAGGGUGCUCAGGACAUUAAGAAGACCACCAAACGACCACUGACCGCCGGCACACUGUUCCAGCGCUCCAUGGCCGAUCUGGUCGCAACACUGCUGAAGAAAGAGCCCUUCUAUGUGCGCUGCAUCAAGCCCAAUGAUAUCAAGAGCUCCACGGUGUUCGAUGAGGAGCGUGUGCAGCAUCAGGUGCGCUACUUGGGUCUGCUGGAGAAUGUGCGCGUGCGUCGUGCUGGAUUUGUGCAUCGCCAGCGAUACGAUAAGUUCCUGCUGCGCUACAAGAUGAUCUCGCACUAUACGUGGCCCAAUUUCCGUGCUGGCAGCGAUCGUGACGGCGUUCGUGUACUCAUCGAGGAGAAGGGCUUUGCCAAGGAUGUGAAAUAUGGUCACACGAAAAUCUUCAUACGCUCACCGCGCACCCUGUUCGCCCUGGAGCAGCAACGCAACGAGAUGAUCCCCCACAUUGUGACCCUGCUGCAGAAACAGGUACGCGGCUGGAUCGCUCGUCGCAAUUACAAGAAGAUGAAGGCAGCGAUAACCAUUAUGCGCGCCUACAAAACAUACAAGCUGCGCAGCUAUGUUCAGGAGCUGGCCAAUCGCUUCCGCAAUGCCAAAAAGCAGCGGGACUAUGGACGCAGCAUUCAGUGGCCACAACCACCGCUGGCCGGACGCAAGGCGGAAGCCAAACUGCAUCGCAUGUUCGAUUUCUGGCGUGCCUAUAUGAUAUUGCGCAAAUAUCCACGCAGCGAGUGGCCCCAGCUCCGAUUGCAAAUCAUUGCAGCAACGGCCAUUGCCGGUCGACGUCCUUACUGGGGACAGCAGCGCAAGUGGCUGGGUGAUUAUUUGGCCAACUCGCAGGACAACAGCGGCUACGAUGCCUACAAUACCAAUGUGCGCAAUUUGAAGAACAGCGCUGGUGGCGAAAACUUCCGCCAGGUGCUCUUCUCCAGCUUCGCCAAGAAAUUCAACAGGCACAACAAGCAGGCGGAUCGUGCGUUUAUCGUCACCGAUACCAACAUCUAUAAGCUGGAUGGCAUCAAGAAGAAGUUCCGUGACAUGCAGCGCUCCAUGGCUAUACGAGAGCUGACUUCCAUUAGCAUUACGCCUGGCCGGGAUCAGCUGAUUGUCUUCCAUUCGCCCAAGAACAAUGAUCUGGUCUUUUCGCUGCAAAGCGAAACGACAGCGCCCCUGAAAGAGGAUCGCAUUGGCGAACUCGUGGGCAUUGUGUGCAAGAAGUACUACGAUGUGACCGGCACCGAGCUCCGUGUGAAUGUGAGCAACAACAUUGCCUGCCGGCUGGGCGACAAGGCGCGCACCAUUGUCGUUGAGGCGGCGUCCAAUGUGGAAAAUCCAAAUUUCCGUCAUUCCGCUGGCAACAUCAUUUUCGAGGUGCCCGCCUCAUAUUGUGUCUAGAGAGAACCUACCGCACACAGCUAUAUCCCAAUGUAAAUUAGUUACAAGUAACUUUAAGAGUCCUUGACAUUUAUCCUAUCUUCUUUCACUUCCAAUUCUUACCUGAUCCUAUCCAAUUAGUCUUUGUGUGCUGCCCCUUUUGCUAACUCUUUUGUACCUUGUAGUAAGAUCUGUAAUAAUUCAUGCAUGUUUAUUAACCAGCAGCUAGAGAUUUUCUUAAAUCGCAACUUUUUAAUGUGUAGUCAGAAAACAAAAAAACAAAAUAAGAAAGAAAUAAAAGUUUUGUACAUUUUUUUUAUUAAUUUAUAUUUAAAUUUCUGUGUAAUUAUAAGCAAAUAAGGCAAUAUUUAUAUAUAACUUGAUCCAAACGAGAGAGCCUUCAACUAUUAACUCUGGCCACUUCGCUAUUAAGCUGGUUGAGCCGGCUUUAUAAAAAGUAUUAAAUGUACUUUGUGCAUUUGUUAACUUUAGCUUUUAAGCAAUUAUUAAUUGAUAUUUGCAUGUAUGUAUUUAAUUUAAAUGCACACAAAUCUAAAGAACAACAAUGAAAUUCUUUGUACUUAAUACAAUGAGAAAAUUACAUUUCAAUAGUGUGCCAUCUGCAAUUAUUUCCUAAAGCCUAAUAUUACUUUAUUACUAUUAUAAAAUAUUUAUAAAUUAAAAUAUUAUUGUAAAUCAUACACUUUAUUAGCGCUUGUGUCGUCUAUUUAACUAUUUGAUUCAAUCAACACUUUUACGAGGCUGGAUUGCAAAAUGUAAAAAUAAUAUUAAUUCAAACGAAGAUCGAAAAAAUAUAUAAUGUAAAGUAGGCUGAAACGUGAGCCAUUUCACAUUUUCAACGCGUAAGUUAAAAAAUCAGUAUAGCAAACAAAACUGUUGAAGUAGACACACACAACUCGGCAUAUUUAUUAUUAACUUUCAAAUAAUUUGAAAAAUUAAAUUUUUAGCCGAAAUUGAUGGACGUAUUUUCCACUGAGCCAAAGAAUCCAUGUCCUUUUGGAGAUUGGCAAGAUAUGUUAUCGUCCUUGCCACCUCUUGACGCGCAAUCGCAGCAAAGACCGGUUCUAAUGCGCUAUCGGAAACGUCGCUUUGGACGCAAGCACAGAGCUGGUGCUUCAACGGCAUCUGCUGUAUCUGGAUGGCAAACUAGACACUGCAAAUCAAAGCUACUAAUGAUGGUCAAGCAUUAUAAACGUGCUAAUAAGCGGCUACGCCGCAAGAUUCGUCGCAUUUCGACGCACCAAUAGAGGGAAAGAGAUCCCCAACCCUGUUGUCGUUAAAGUUUUCGUUUCAAACCCGAGAUUCUCUAGCCUGUGUGAUGUGUGUAUCCAUACAUAACUGAAUGCAUCUAUUCAACAUGCGAUGUGAUGUGCUCCGUUCCGUACCGCCCUAGACCAAUUGAAUGAUGGGCAGUGACCAAAAUAAAAAGUGCAGCGGCAAAGCACACAUCGAGGCACACAUGGCCCAAGCAAGUACUUGGCGGCGUCUGUGCCGCCAAUUGAUAAAAGAUAAAAAUAAAGAGUACUACGCAAGAA